AUGGAGACCUCUUCCCAGCUCGCGUAUACAAACACACAAUUCUCCGAAGCUUCAACAGUCGCUCCUUCGGAAUUGCCCCGCGAAAGAAAAGUUGGAGCUUCAAGUUCAACCUUUCAAUCCGCAGAGACAUCGAACCAACAUGUCAAGCUUCGAAUCGAUUUCAAAUGGGGGAAAUUCAAGUCCUCCAUCAGCGACGUAAACAACCCCGAGCAGCCCCUCUAUAUUGUCAAAUACAAGAUGACAGGCAAGAAUUUCAUCUACAUGGCCCCAGAUGGCAAAGAAGUCAUCGGCUCAGGAGGCGUUCAUAUGGUCAACAUCGACGCAGAUUACGAAUGCCGUGGCCGAAAAGACACCCUCGUCGCUCAGAAGCGUUUCGUCACAGCAUAUACCCACCGCUCCGGCGUGAUCGAAACCAGUGACGGAAAACCCGCCGUUAUGAACUGGACCGGUGAUAUCAACCUCAAGUCUUGGGAAUUUGUCUGUGUUGAUGAGAGCCAGACGCCCGUAGCCAAAUUCUCGGCCAAUCUGUGGGGUAUCAAGAAGCUGGGCAAAAUCGAGCUGAUGGGCCCAUUGGCACAUGAUGAGGCUUUUAGGGAUGAGAUGGUUAUUGUUGGUAUGACAUUGGCGUACACUAUGGUCAUCCGCAUGAACAACAUUUUCAGUCUGUUCGGUUCCCUCUUUGGGAGCCCUGGCCAUGACAAGAAGUGGAAGGCUGAGGACUUUUCUGGUCAGUCGAGCAGCUCUGAUAGUCUGUCUCUAAAAGGACCUGCUCCAGCACCUGUACAUCCUCUAUCCAAAGAGGCUCAGAGUGACGUGAGACUGAAGCAGUGA